AAAAUAGAUGAUCACACUAGGAGGUGAUGCGGAACUUGAACUGGUCGACUCUUUGGAUUCCUUCCGUGAAGGUGUGGUCUUUAGCGUCAGGCCACCAAAGAAAAGCUGGAAGAAUAUCGCUAACUUAUCCGGUGGGGAAAAGACUCUCAGUUCAUUAGCUCUUGUAUUCGCCCUUCAUCACUACAAACCUACUCUGCUAUAUGUGAUGGACGAAAUCGAUGCUGCUCUAGACUUCAAAAAUGUUUCUAUUGUGGGACACUAUGUGAAAGAUUGGACGAAGGAUGCCCAGUUCAUUAUCAUAAGCCUCAGAAACAACAUGUUUGAGCUUGCGGAUCGACUUGUAGGAAUAUACAAAACUGACAACUGCACUAAGAGCAUUACAAUCAAUCCAGGGAGUUUUGCGGGGUGUGAAAAUACUGCCCGAUUUGUCGGUUAAGAUAUUUUGAGUAAGCACGAUGCUCUCUUUCAUGACUGCUUUUAUCAACAAAGUUCUUGCUUUCUUGCGCAGCUUGCCAUCCUCUCUGGCCUGUAUUUUAAGGUGCUGACUUAGUUAUAGUACAAGAAUGGUUGUCUAUAAUGUAAGGGCUGAGGUUCAAGAAUGGUUGUCUAUCGCGUAAUAUGCAUUGCUGUUAACAAGUGUUGUGUUUUCCUGCGUCAUGGUUCCUACGAAAUCUUCGCAUCAGCUGAUUACCGAUGGAGAUGCCAUCUUUUUACGCCUCCAUUUGCCUGGUUGCUAAUCUCUCAAUAGAUUGUUUCGAUUUUGGGUUUUGCCAGUUUUCUUUUCUUUUCUUUUUCCGGGAAUCGGAAAUUGAAAUGCCAAUUUUUACAAAGUUAAUGAUGUGAGAUUUCGGGAUAAAUUGAGAGGGUUGGCGUAUUUGUAGUGGAUGAGUGGAGGGCUUAUGUAAGGUUUGAAGCCGAGGGUUAUGGUUCGCUUAAAUUUUGUCCUAGUUGAUGCACAGCCCCAAAUUACCAAGCAAAAUAACUCAAAACACAUGGAGAGAUGUGAACCCAAUCCAGGGACCGAGGAAGUAUACAAGAGCAUUUAAACACAAUCCCGCGAUGUAUUCUCAUGAACCCUUAUGCUAUCCUGCCUAUAUAUCUAAAUAAGAGUAUGCAUCAUAUAAAACCAAAGAUUUGAACAAGAAGGAAAACUCGUACUUAAUUUAACCGAAGAGUCUCCUAGGCGGUUUGUUUCUCGCCUUCGUUCUCGUGUUGUUUUCCGAAUGUGCUAAUUGUGUAAGCGUGGUAGUUAACCAAUUCUCUGCGUUCGAUAAUGGAAAGAGCACAGAGAUCUGAGCUGCACCCCUCCAACUGAGACUUCCUGGUGCAGGAAUUGCGGUAUUGUCUUUCAAGAAAGAAGAUGAUGAUCGGUCCCUAAGAGCUUGUGUGGAUCGUGGCCGUUCUCUUUCUUGUCGUUUCCCAGCCAUAUCGACUCUUGACUUACCUAACUUCUCCUUUUUUCGACGCGGUUGAUUCAAAUUCUACCCCCAUAUCGUAUGUUGAUAUGUCUCUAUUAUUCUGGUCUCUUGUAAAUGAACUUCCUGGAAAAGAUAAUCUUGAUUUGGAGUGUUGGACAU